AGCGACCGGCUGAGCUGAAGGCCCUUGUGGCCGAGCUGCGGGGACGGCUUGCGGAGAUGGAGGCCGGGCUCUCGAGUGCCACUCUGGCCCGCGAUGGCGCGAUGGACGAGGUAAAGCGCCUGGCGCAGCAAUGUGCCGAUGCGGAGCGGGGUCGCGAGGCGGCAGAGGCAGCCCUACAGCGUGUGGAGGCCGAGAUGAAGCAGACGCACGCCAAGCUGCAGGAGGAGUUGCGUCAGAUGCAGGAGAAGCACGAGGAGGAGCUCGAGGCGGCGCUUCUCGAGGCGAACGAACGCAUUGCAGAGCACGAUGAGCUGCUUCAGCAGAAGCUUGAGGAACAGGGGGAAUAUUAUGAGAAAUUACUUGAGGAAAAGUCGCGGUUGGAGUCCUGUGCCGGCGGAUGGUGCUGA